UUCUAGGGUUCAUAGGUGGCAUAGGAGCCAAAGACACAACACAGUAAUGACCAGCCGCAGUGGUCAAAGUGUGGAACGACCCAAAAUGUCGUGAACAUGGUGUUCACUUGGACCUCCCAAAUCCGAACACCUGACGAUUCACGAAAGGCCCUCGUGUUGAGACCAAAUUCUGGAACCAGGUUGUCAAGAAGAAUCCAAUGCGCAUCAUAUUGCACAAAGUUGUUUGUUUCUUCCACCACAACUUGGAAGUUCGAGGUGAUGCGUGUGCUCACAACCGUGGCACAUAUCAUACUAAAUUCCCCAGUGCUGACCUGGAAUCUGCCCAACACCGACAAAGCUGCUCACUGAAGAGCUCUGUCCCUUUGCCGCAGCGCUAGAGGCUCCAGCCGCCUUUUUUUAGCGCCGCCCCGUUUUUCAUUUUUUUCUAAUCCCAUCUACAGGAAUGGCAUCCUCCAAGGCCACCGUUGCCCUGGCCACCGCCGCCGCCGUGGGCGGGGCAUGCGCCUUUGUGGCGCCGAGCGCGAAGACGGUGAGCGCCACUCCUGCACUCCGGGGCCAAGUGCGAAGCACUCAGGCCAGUGGACUGAGCCCCAACGCGGCGGCGGCCGUGGCGCUCAGCAGCGCUGCAGUGCUGGUGAGCCAGGCCCGUAAGGCUGGAUCCAAGACCAGUGCCCUGAAAGCCUUCGAGCAGGAGUUGGGCGUGCAGCCUCCUGUGGGCUACUGGGACCCCGCCGGCUUGGCCCGAGAUGGUGACGUCGAAGCGUUCCAGCGUAGGCGCUCCGUAGAGCUCAAGCACGGCCGCAUUGCCAUGCUCGCGACCAUGGGCUACAUCACCCCUGAGAUCGCCGGCAAGUUCCCAGGCUACCUCUCGCCCAGCGCGGGCCUGAAGUUCGCCGACGUGCCCAACGGUUUGGCAGCCAUCUCCAAGGUGCCAGCAGGUGGUUGGACUCAGAUCCUGCUCUACAUGGGCUGGUGCGAGGUCUCCCGUGGCCCAGGCUCCGACAUUGCUAGCGGCCGCCCCGGAGACUUUGGCUGGUAUGUGCUGAGCUCAGCGGACCCGGAGCAGAAGAAGAAGAAGCUCAGCGCCGAGCUGGCAAACGGAAGACUCGCAAUGAUGGCCAUCAUCGGCAUGUUCUACCAGGACGGCUUGACCGGCUCCGCUUGGGGCGACUGGUCCAACUUCACCGACUCCCCGCUGCGAGCCUUCGAGCAGGAGCUUGGCGUGCAGCCUCCCGUGGGCUACUGGGACCCUGCUGGCUUGGCUCGGGAUGGGGACGUGGAGGCCUUCCAGCGCAGGCGCUCCGUAGAGCUCAAGCACGGCCGCAUUGCCAUGCUCGCGACCAUGGGAUAUAUCACCCCUGAGAUUGCUGGCAAGUUUCCUGGAUAUUUGUCCCCCAGCGCGGGGUUGAAGUUCGCUGAUGUGCCCAACGGCUUGGCUGCCAUCUCCAAGGUGCCUGCAGGUGGUUGGACUCAAAUCUUGCUCUACAUGGGCUGGUGCGAGGUCUCCCGUGGCCCAGGCUCCGACAUUGCCAGCGGCCGUCCAGGAGACUUCGGAUGGUAUGUCCUGAGCUCCGCAGACCCGGAGCAGAAGAAGAAGAAGCUCAGCGCCGAGUUGGCAAACGGACGUUUGGCCAUGAUGGCCAUCAUCGGCAUGUUCUACCAGGACGGCUUGACCGGCUCCGCUUGGGGCGACUGGUCCAACUUCACGGACUCUCCUUUGCGUGCGGAGGCGGACUUCUCCCAGGAGCUUGGUGUGACUCCUCCCUUGGGCUUCUGGGAUCCCUUGGGCUUCUCCAAGUUUGAGAAUCCCGAGGUGGCCAAGCAGCAGUUCAAGCGCCGUCGCAUUGUGGAGAUUCAGCACGGCCGUGUGGCCAUGUUGGCUUGCAUUGGAUACAUCGUGCCGGAGUACUUCCGCUUCCCAGGCCUUUGCUCCCCUUCCCAAGGGGUGGCCUUUGCUGACAUCCCCAACGGCCUCAAGGGCGCUGCUGCUGUGCCGCUGGCAGGCUGGUUGCAGAUCAUCACCUUCGUUGGCAUCAUCGAGGUGACCAACUUGCAGAAGCAACAAGAUGAAGUGCUGGGCGACUAUGGCUAUGGUGCCUUUGGCCUCCCGUUCGGCAGGAAGAUUGAGGACGCCGAGAAGAAGAAGAAGAGCCUGACCGCAGAGAUCAACAAUGGAAGGCUGGCCAUGAUGGCCAUCAUUGGCAUGUUCUACCAGGACGGCCUCACCGGCUCCGCCUGGGGCGACUGGGCCAACUACGCCGACUCCCCACUGAGGGCUUUCGAGGAUGAGCUUGGCGUCCAGCCGCCUGUUGGCUUCUGGGAUCCUGUGGGCUACACUCGCGAUGGCAACGCCGAGACCUUCCAGCGCCGCAGGGAGACUGAGAUCAAGCACGGCCGCGUGGCCAUGUAUGCCACCAUGGGCUACAUUGUUCCUGAGUACUUCAAGUGGCCAGGAUACCUGUCGCCCUCUUUGGGUUUGAAGUUCGAAGAUGUGCCCAAUGGUUUGGCCGCCAUCACCAAGGUGCCAGGCAACGGCUGGGCACAGAUCGUGGCCUUCGCCGGCUACUACGAGCUCUUCGUCUACAAGUUCAACGGCACCCCAGGUGACUAUGGCUGGAAGGCCAUUAGCUCCGCUGACGCUGAGACCAAGAAGCGCAAGCUCAAUGCUGAACUCGCCAACGGACGUUUGGCCAUGAUGGCCAUCAUCGGCAUGUUCUUCCAAGAUGGCCUCACAGGUUCCGCCUGGGGCGACUGGGCCCUCUACACCGACUCCCCGCUGAGGGCCUUCGAGGAGGAGCUGGGUGUGCAAGCUCCAGUGGGCUUUUGGGAUCCCGUGGGCUACACUCGUGAUGGUAACAUGGAGACCUUCAAGCGCCGCCGCGAGACGGAGAUCAAGCACGGCCGUGUGGCCAUGUACGCCACCAUGGGCUACAUUGUUCCUGAGUACUUCAAGUGGCCAGGAUACCUGUCGCCCUCCUUGGGCUUGAAGUUCGAAGAUGUGCCCAAUGGCUUGGCUGCCAUCGCCAAGGUGCCAGGCAACGGCUGGGCACAGAUCGUGGCCUUCGCCGGCUACUACGAGCUCUUUGUCUACAAGUACAGCGGCACCCCAGGCGACUAUGGCUGGAAGGCCAUCAGCUCUGCGGACGCCGAGACCAAGAAGCGCAAGCUCAGUGCUGAACUCGCCAACGGACGUUUGGCCAUGAUGGCCAUCAUCGGCAUGUUCUUCCAAGAUGGCCUUACAGGCUCUGCAUGGGGUGAUUGGGCCAACUACACCGACUCCCCCCUCCGCGCUUUUGAGAACGAGACAGGAGUGCAGCCUCCUGUGGGCUUCUGGGACCCUUUGGGCCUCUCAGUGAGCGGCAACCAAUCCGAUUACAAGCGCCGUCGGGAGGUUGAGUUGAAGCAUGGCCGGGUCGCCAUGUUUGCCACAAUUGGCUACAUUCUCCCUGAGUACUGGAGGUUCCCUGGAUAUUUGUCCAAGUUCCUGGACAUCAAGUUUGCCGAUGUGCCCAACGGCCUGGCGGCCUUCUCCAAGGUGCCAGCCUUGGGCUGGCUGCAGAUUGUGGGCUUCGCGGGCAUUGUGGAGCUGAACGUCUACAACGAGGAGGUCAAUGGCGAGCCUGGCAACUACGGGUCCGGCUUCCUGGGCCUCAGGUCCGUGGGCGUCAUGAACUCGGGCAUCUCCGACCCGGAGGUGCGCAAGAAGAAGCUGAACGCUGAGCUCGCCAAUGGUCGCCUGGCCAUGAUGGCCAUCAUCGGCAUGUUCUUCCAGGAUGGCUUGACCGGCUCCGCCUGGGGUGACUGGGCCAACUACACUGAUUCGCCCUUGCGGGCCUUCGAAGGCGAGUUGGGCGUGCAGCCACCCGUGGGCUUCUGGGACCCCUUGGGCCUCUCCGCGGAUGGUGACCUUGACGUCUUCAAGCGACGCCGUGAGGUCGAGAUCAAGCACGGCCGCAUUGCCAUGUACGCCUGCAUGGGUUACAUCGUGCCCGAGUACUUCCGCUUUCCUGGGGAUUUGUCUCCCAAGAUGGGCUUGAGCUUUGAAUCGAUUCCCAACGGCUUAGCAGCACUGACCAAAGUGCCAGGACAGGGCUGGGCUCAGAUCGUUGCCUUCCUGGGAACCUAUGAGCUCUUCAUUAACAAGCCAGUGGGCGAUGAGCCUGGCAACUACGGCAAGGGCAACCUGGGCUUGGGCUUCUUUCCCUCCGUGGCAGACCCUGAGGUCCGCAAGAAGAAGCUCUCGGCCGAGUUGGCCAACGGACGUUUGGCCAUGAUGGCCAUCAUCGGCAUGUUCUUCCAGGACGGCCUCACGGGCUCUGCUUGGGGCGACUGGGCCAACUACACGGACUCCCCGCUGAGGGCCUUCGAGGGAGAGCUGGGCGUUCAAGCGCCCGUGGGCUUUUGGGAUCCCUUGGGCCUGUCCGCCGACGGCGACGUCGAGACCUUCAAGCGCCGACGUGCGGUGGAGCUGAAGCAUGGGCGCAUUUGCAUGUUGGCCUGCGUUGGCUACAUUGUCCCUGAGUACUUCCGUUGGCCUGGCUACCUCUCUCCCGAGAAGGGCAUCAAGUUCGCAGACAUGCCUCACGGCAUCGCGGCCAUUGGCAAGGUGCCCUUGGAGGGUUGGGUGCAGAUCGCUCUCUUCUUGGGCCACUACGAGGGAUAUUUCUGGCGACAAGAUGCCAAGCGUGCUCCUGGAGACUAUGAAGGCUACGGAUUCCUGGGCGUCGGCAAGAACUUCAUCUUCAACUUUGAACCCAUCAUCUUCAAGGAUGCGGAGGUGAAACAGACCAAGUUGCGCGCGGAGUUGGCGAACGGACGAUUGGCCAUGGUGGCUUUGAUGGCGAUGCUCUUUCAGAACGGCACUGUUGGAACUACUGGUCCUGCCAUGUGGCUGCCCAGCGCAUGAGCUAGUCCGUGAUAGAGUCUUUGCACUGCUCUGGGGUCUUUGUUAAUGAUCAACC